CAGUGUAAAUUAUCAGGACGGGCAGGACACACCAUGUCUGACCACUCACAGGCCUCCACAACAGAAGGUGGCGCUAAUGUCCUGCUGGAAGUUUGCUGCAGCGGUGGAGCCCCGCGUUUGCAGCUCGGAAGAAAAGUGAGCUCCAAAAGUUGGACAGCAGCUCCCAGACGCCGCUCAGAUGGAGCUGCAGCUUCCCCCCCACGAGGGAGAUGAGCUGUCCGUGGUUGACAUGCACACAGGUGGAGAGCCUUUGCGGAUCAUCCUCAGCGGAUACCCGGAGGUCAAAGGUGACACGGUGCUGUCCAAGCGGCGCUACGUCAGAGAGCACCUGGACCACCUGAGGAGGGUGCUGAUGCUGGAGCCGCGGGGCCACUGCGACAUGUACGGCGCCCUGAUCGUGGACAGCGAGACGCCCGAGGCCGACCUGGGGGUGCUCUUCAUGCACAACGAGGGCUACAGCACCAUGUGUGGACACGCCGUCAUCGCGCUGGGACGCUUCGCCGUGGACUACGGCCUCGUCAAAGAGCCCCAGUCGCCCGAGACCCAAGUGAACAUCCACUGUCCCUGUGGCCUGGUCAAGGCUUUUGUCCAGUACUCUCAUGGGAAGACAGGAGGGGUGAGGUUCCUCAGUGUCCCGGCGUUUGCAUUCGCCACAGAUGUGACUGUGACAGUGGAGGGCUUCGGCGACGUCGCGGUCGACAUCAGCUACGGAGGAGCUUUCUACGCCUUCGUCAGUGCCCAGUGCUUCGGCCUGGACGUCUCCAAGUCCAGGACUCGGGACCUUGUAGAUGCUGCCACUGCAGUGACCAAAGCUGUCAAAUCUCAGGUGAAGCUGCACCACCCAACCAGCGAUGACCUGGCCUUCCUCUACGGCACCAUCCUCACCGACGGCAAAGACGCUUACUCAUCUGAACCCACUGCCAACAUGUGUGUGUUCGCAGAGGCUCAGGUGGACCGCAGCCCCACCGGCUCCGGGGUCACGGCCCGCGUGGCCCUGCAGUACCACCGAGGUCUGCUGGGCCUGAACCAGAGCCGGACGUUUGAGAGCGGGGCCACCGGCUCCCGGUUCACAGGACGAGCUGUCCAGGAGACUCAGUGUGGAGACUUCAAGGCUGUGGUGGUGGAAGUUGCCGGCAGGGCUUUCUACACCGGUGUGUCCCGCUUUGUGCAAGAGGCAGAUGACAAACUCGCACGUGGCUUUCUCCUGAAAUGAGCCUCAACAGCAGCUUGGCUCUCUAAUCUUGGGUAUUAAAUGUCAAAACGGUUUUGAUUAUGUUCUUUUUUUUUUGUUGUUUCUAACCAAGAUUCGGUAGAACUUGUAGAGAUUCACCAAUAACUGCAGUGCUUACCUCCCUGAUUCCUCCAUGUGUAGGCAGGUGUGGACAGUCCAUCAGUUUACCUGUGUCUGACUUCCACCAUGGCCAUCUGUGAAGGUGCUGUAACCCUUAAGCAUCUCUCUAAUGGCUAAUGGCAGUUUCUCUCCUCUAUGAUAGUUUUUGAUUAAUCUCCUGGUGAUCCAGCGCUAUAUCAUUUGCGAAAGAAGAAUUUUACACAAGUCAAGCAUAAAAACUGUGCCAAAUAGUAACUUCAAAUACAUGGGUGAGAGUCCAUGUAGACACAUUCCUUUUUUUUCGUUAAUGUUUCCAGCAUUUCCCUACAUACGGGCUACAAUAAAUCUGUAGGAUGAUGUACUUUGGUAAUAGUUCUUAUUAAGCAUACGAACAGCUUCGUUUGAGUAAUGGAGGAAAGUGUAUACGAUAUUUAUCCCUGCACAAGCAAGAAAAAUCAGAAAUCAGAGCGUUCUGCAUCAAUAUAAAUUGGAAAAGAUUUGAUUUGACACUCCAACCAGGAGCAUAUUGAUCAUGUGGAAGUUUAAUAUUUAAUAAAAA